GUAAGCGCGAUUCACAGUUCGCGUUACGAACUGUUAUUUUGGUAUUCUCACGAGUGAGACAUUCUCUUAGAAUUCAGUCUUUUUUGUGUGGAUUGGUUGGGUUUUCGGUCGCUAAUAACACUAAAUUUUCAAUCGGCGCUUAUAGUAUUUCCACUCAUUGUUUAAUUUAAUCUUCUCUGCAUCGUACACUAAGAAUUCUGUGCACCCCACCAGUCAUACUAAUGACUUUCUGACUUCUCUACCUAAGCUGUGAAGAAAUUCAACGAACAAAAACCUAUUUUAACUUGGUUAUAUAAAUGCCAAAUGUUGAUGGUAAUGAAAAUGUACUCCGUGUGCUAGUGUCUACAGAUAAUCAUGUAGGAUAUGCCGAAAAAGAUGGUUUAAGGGGUCAAGACUCUUUUCGAACAUUUGAGGAGAUUCUACGUCUGGCAGUUUCACACAAUGUGGAUUUUAUCUUAUUUGCAGGUGACAUUUUUCAUGAAAGUCGACCUUCAAUGAGGUCUUUACAUGAAGUAAUGCGUUUACUUCGUAUAUAUUGUUUGGGAAGUAAACCAGUUCAAUUUGAACUUCUUAGUGAAGCCAAGACUAUAUUUGCUAAUACAGCAUUUCAUACUGCAAAUUAUUUAGAUGGUAAUCUAAAUGUUGGAAUUCCCGUGUUUACCAUUCAUGGAAAUCACGAUGAUCCUUCAGGUCCUGGUGGCUUAUGUGCAGCUGAUUUACUGCAUACCGCUGGUUUGAUAAAUCUGUUUGGGAAGUUCUCUUCAGUAGAACGGAUCGAUUUGACCCCCGUUCUGCUACGCAAGGGAAAUACUCGUGUGGCCUUAUAUGGCCUUGGAUCUGUUCGAGAAGAGAGGCUUCAUCGUUUGUUUUUAAAUAAUAGUGUCACUUUUUACCGUCCUACUGAGUGUGUAGAUGACUGGUUCUCAAUUUGCACAGUUCACCAAAAUCGUGUUCAUCACGGCCCUACAAGUUAUUUGCCUGAAAACUUCCUCCCAGAUUUCCUUGACCUCAUUAUUUGGGGCCAUGAACAUGAAUGUCGUAUAAAACCAGAAUGGAACUCUUCUAAAAACUUUUAUGUUGUUCAGCCAGGGAGUUCUGUAGCCACUGCUCUAUCUGAAGGUGAGGCACAAGAUAAAGCUGUUGCAUUAUUGGAAAUUAGAGAAAAAGAGUUUAAGGUCACACGUCUACCUUUACGUACUGUCAGACCAUUUUUAUUUAAGGAUCUAAUUCUACAGGAUUAUGUGCCAAAGCUGGAUCCAAAUGCAUUUGAUGUUGUCAGGCGAAUCGAGUCAAUAUGUGACAAACUUAUUGAAUCAGAAAUAAGCAAGGCUGUAACUUUUUCAUCUGAAGCUUUAGCAAGUGAACUGAACGUUGAUUCAAGUAAAUCAACCAGUGCUGCAGAAUAUGAAUGCAACGAAAAUAUCAAAAUCACAUCAACCCAACGACUACUUCCCCCAGUUGAACCACUUAUACGAUUACGCGUAGACUUAAGCGGUGGAUUCGAAUCGUUCAGUGGACUUAGAUUUGGUCAAAAAUUUGUUGGUCGUGUGGCCAACCCUAAAGAUUUAAUUGUUUUUAAUCGAAAUCGUGAAAAAUUGGCUGCUGCGCAAGCAAAUCGCGCCUUAAAAUCUGGUUUACAGAACAGUACGAUUUGUAGUGAUCCAGAUGAAAUGGAAGUUGAAAGUAAAAAAGUUGGAUUAAAUUCUGCUGAAGUUGAAGAGCUUGUUCGUCAUUAUCUACUACAAAUGGUUGAGAGUAAAGGACAAAAACCAUCAGAAGAGUUAACCUGUGGGUUGAGCUUAUUCACUACAGGUGAACUUGAACGUGGACUCAGACGAUAUGUAGAUCGGGGUAUUUCCGAUGCUAUAAAUCACAUCUCAUCAUCUAUUUUGAACAAAGCCAUUCGACAUCUUAGAAUGCGUAAAGCUCCAGAAGAACGUAUUGUCACUGAUAUUUUGUCAUUUUGCUAUACUCGAAGCAUUAAUUCUACACAAAAUGAGGACAGUGAUAAAGAAGGAAACGAAGAUAAGUAUAGCCCAAUAAAGCCAUACAGUAAUCCAAAAGUUGAAACUUGUGCAAAUACUAAACCAACGAGAUUACAGGAAUUAGAGUGGAGUCUCGAGGAAGAAGAAGCUGAACAAACAUUCAAAUACUUCACCCCCUAUCAUUGAUUGGGUCGCCAACACAAACCAAUCAUGUAUCAACAUUUAGCUUUUGAAGGUAGAGAUCCGCAUCCCACAUAUGCUUGGAUCAGAAGACUACAUUCUGUCAGCGUCUUUACUAAACAGAAAACAUUAUUUGCAUAUUGUAUGUCAACAAGUGAAUCUCCUGACAGAACAUCCACUGAAAAGUCAGACGAAGAGGAUGCUAUCUCUAAAAGCAUGUCUAUGAGAGAGCAAAGUAAGACUGGGAAAGCGGACAACCCUAACUAACAUCAUUUGAGGUAACCAAUUUUGAUGACAGUUCGUUAUAAGCCCUGACUUCUUGAGUAGUAUUUGAGAAAAGGUCUCGCACGAGGUUAACCACCUCUUCGGUACGCAUUUCAAUGACAAACUGCUACAGAACCUCGCGGUCAACUGAGUUGAGCCGUGUUAAUGUCAAGGAUUAAAACUUAUCGAUCGUCGAAAAGCGUGUCUGUGUUCCAGAACCUGCCGAAGUGUCAAUAUUUGGUCUAUAGAUCCGCAUCCGGGGUCGAAAUCAGCCUGGUUUUUUCGAGUAAGUAUAAAACGAUGCACAAAAAAUGUGAGGAGAAUGCAAACAAACUUAACAUUUGAUGAGAGACAAUACAAAUCUGUUUUUUCAUAAUGUGAAGCUUUUCAGGAAUGUGAGGUCUCUUCCGUGCGAGACCAUUUAACAGAUUUUUGGAUCUGUUUGUUUAUGUCUUUCAACCAGGUCCUCAUUAAAAUAGAAAAGUGUAGGUUUGGAAAAAAUCUUGACUUAUGUCAGUUUGAGUAGAUUAUUUUAUUUGCACAAUUAAUACGUGUGUCAGUAUUUUGUUAUUGGCUACCAGUAGAACCUAAUACGCUUGUUUUUAAAAUGUCAAAAGCAUCAGCUAAAUAAAAAUAGCAUUUUGGUGAAGAUAAAAGAAAUUAACACAAAAUUGUAGUCUUAUCAUGUAUACUAACUUAAUAAUCCCCUUAUUACGCCGUAAUACUUAUUCACUAUUUUACAAGCUCACUGAAAAGAGAUACUUUCGCUGAAUGUCAUAUUUUUUAGGUUAUGAUGGGAAUAUAAUUAAUUAAUAAUCAGAUAGUGAGGUAACCUAGGCAAAACGAUUCAUGUUGCUUUGUAAAACACCAUAAAUGAACGAAAUUAAGUAAAAUACGAACCGAAUCAAUCUGAAAUUGCCUAUGGGUUAAAUAAACACUAAUAUUAUGCUAUUACUAAGUACAAUUACUGCGCUAAUGUUAAAUUAAUUUGCUUUUCCUAAUACGUAAAACUAGUAUCCUACCUACACUUCUAAUUCCAGGUACCAAUACACAAUAAUUUAACCCCAGAAAAGGUCCGAGUAAACAAAGUCAGUGGUAAAGCAACGUUACAGACAAAACAAUCAUUGAAUAAAAAGUCAGUGCCAAGCUGUCAAGUUAUACUACAAACAAAAGAUGAUUUUGGAUUUGAUUCUGACAAGGACGAGGCGACAACACUAGCGGACAUGGUUGAAGAUGUUUCCACCGACGACGACACAAGUUCUUCACUGAAUGAAGGUAAAUUUGCCAAGCAAAAUUAUAUAGGAAGAAAUCCAGUCAGUCCACCGAAUGAUGCAUUACCAAAAACUAAUCGAAGUAGGCGCGGACGAGGCAUACGGACUGAUCUAACUUCUAGUGGUUCAUCCAGAGGCAGAGGAAAUAAGCGUAGAGUUGGUCCUAAGCCAGGAUCACAACAGACAAAUAAUGAUGGUGAUGAUCGUCUUGAUUUCGAUUUUCGUCGAAAGCGUAGAAAAGUUGAAUGAGAUUUGAUCUAUAUAGUUUACUUUCAAAUUUAUCGCCAUUCAAAUUCAUUUAUUUUUGUUUCAACAAUAUGACUGAUUAUUUUCUCAUUAGUAUUAUUAAAGAGAUUUUUGUGGAUUUGAAUUUCUUCAUUUGUACUUUAUGAAAAUCGUUUAUUAGUAAUAAGCAGUUUGGUUUAGAUUGAUCCAAAUAGGUUAGUAAUACAACCAAGGACUUAUAACUAGUUUUAUUAUUACUAAAAAUGAACAAGUAUAAUCCAUUUCGUUCUCAACAUAGUAUUUACAAAAUAAUGGGUUUUUACAGUACAUACAAUAAGAAAUUAAAUUAAAAAAGCUACUGGUGCAAGUAAUUAUAUCACAGUCAAGAUAAUUAAGGAGACGCAGAAAAAAAUCCGACCGUUCUAUCAUAAAUGCACAAACCUUGAAUCCAUUUUCAGAUAUCUAUUGUAUGGGAAGAAAAAAUAUAGAA